AGCCUUGCGCUUCGCCGCCGUGAUUUGCUGAGCAAUUCGACACUCGCCUCGAGGAUGUGUGUGCGUGCAGAAAAAGACAGUUGUAGCGCGAGGGCGAGCACGCAGCACAAGAAAGCGAGCGAGGCGUCCAGUCCGCACCGGUCGUUUUAACGUUUGCGAGUUUUGCCGACUUUGUCGCGUUGACCUGGUACUCCAGCCGUCGCGCCGACUAGUAACGCAGUCGCAGUCGCCUCUGCCUAGAGCUAAACUUACUCUGUCUCUCCGUUUUUCCUUUUCCCUAUUGCCCUGCACUUUGCGCCCGUGUCUAAUGGAGGGCCCAGUACGGAUCAACCGGCCUAAGAAUGCUUUUUUCUUCUAGUGUGUCCGGCUGUUCUCCGCGUUUUCUCUCCGUCAGAAGUGCCCCGUGUGCUGAAGGUGUGGUCCAUGGCUUGUGUGCUGGAGCGGGACACUAUCCUUCACAACAGGUUUCAACAUUAACAGGUGCGUGGAGGGGGUGUGUGUGAGACCCCUGGUCAGCACCCAGAGGUGAAGCUGCAUCAUGGAUGAGGGAGGCCUGAGAGGCCUGAAGGUUCUGUCCACUGUCCUGUGUGUGUACCAUACACUGAUCUGUCCCUUUGCAUUAUCUCUGUCGUUCCGGGUGCAGCCUGUCUCUGUGGUCCAGAAACAGGGUGGAGCGGUUCAGCUGCGCUGCGUGGUACGUCCUUCCUCAGCCGGCCUCACCUGGCUGUUCCAGGGUCAGUCUCUGGAGCCCGGUUCCCUGCCCGGGGUGGAGGUCCAGCUGGGUUCCCUCUCUCUGCCCUCACUGGAGCCGACACACACAGGCGUGUACCAGUGUGUAGCCCGCACGGACACGGGCGCAAUCGCCAGCCGCUUGGCACGGGUCACCAUCGCGGAUAUCGGGGAGUUCAGGGAGACGCAUCGGCGGUCGUUAACGGUGACAAAAGGAGACAGUGCCGUCAUCGAAUGCAGGUUGCCACGGAGUAACCCCUCCGCUUUGCCACGCUACAGAAUUCGGGGCCAGUGGAUAGAGGAGUCUACAGAUGAAUAUUUAAUCCUUCCAACUGGGAACCUUCAUAUAGUCUCCGUUUCCCCAGAGGACCAAGGCCUAUAUAAGUGUGGCGCGUACAAUCCCGUUAGCCGAGAGACCAGGGUAGAGGCCCAUGGUACCAGGCUCAUAGUGAAAGAUGGCCGCUCUCCGGUGGGGAUAUCAUACCCCGUCUCCUCCGUCGACCUGUCAGUGGAACAGUCCACGUCGUUACUGCUGGAAUGCGUAAUAUCCGGAAACCCGUCGGCCGUCGCUAAGUGGACGAAGGACGGCCGGGAGCUGCCGGCAGGUGCCAGGGUGCGUGUGGCACACACCAACCUGGCCGUGAGCGACGUUCAGCUCAGCGACGCGGGACAGUAUGCCUGCUCUGUCCACUCAGAGGACGGGAGUGUGACCACAGCCAACUACACCGUCAAUGUGCUGGGAGCAGUCAGUGUACUGAGAGGUUUGUCUGACCAGACCGUGACAGCUGGCUCACCUGUCCUAUUCACCUGCACUGCCAGGGGAAACCCCGCCCCCAAGAUUAUUUGGCUGUUCAACUCCUUCCCCAUUCUACCCUCACCCCGCCUCCAGAUAUCAGACUCCUCGCUGCGUAUCUCCUCAGUCACCAUUCAGGACCAGGGGAUGUACCAGUGCCUGAUAGACAAUGGCAUUGGCUCAGAACAGUCAGCUGCUAGACUUAUUGUCCAAUCAGGGCCUCAGACGACUCCCACAGCUAUUGCCUUGAAAACGCACCCCUCCGUCCCGCCAGUGCAGAGCGACGACGGGAAGGAGUCGUUCCUGCCCCUGGAAGACGGCCUCGGUGAUGGUCCGCCCACUGAUAGGACCAAUGACAAGCCCACUCCAGAGGCGCCAAUCAUCAUCAGCCCGCCCCAAACACAUAAACCCAACGCAUAUGACCUGGAGUGGCGGGCUGCCCGUGACUGGGGCAGCCCCAUUAACGCCUACUUCGUUAAAUACCGCAAGGUGGAUGACACGGGCAGCGUGGUGGGCAGUUGGCACACAGUGCGAAUUCCAGGCAGUGAGAAGAGCCUGCUCCUGUCUGACCUGGAGCCGUCCAGCCUCUACGAGGUGCUGAUGGUAGCUCGCAGCACUGCGGGGGAGGGGCAGCCCGCAAUGCUCACCUUCCGCACGGCCAAGGAGAGAAGCUCUACCUCCGGUAAGAACCCGUCCAAGGCUCCAGACGUGUCUGUGCCUGAGCAGGCUCCGGAGGAGAAAACCGUGAACACGCACUACGGCGUGGUCAUACAUGACCGAGUCCCAGAGGCUCCUGAUCGCCCCACCAUCUCUAUGGCAACAGAGAGUUCUGUUUAUGUCACAUGGAUCCCACGGGCCAAUGGUGGCUCUCCGAUCACAGCCUUCCGCGUGGAGUUCAGGAAGCAAGGCCGCAACGGUGACUGGCUCAUUGCUGAUGACAACAUCUCACCCCUAAAGCUCUCUGUGGAAGUGCGCAGCCUAGAACCAGGUGCAACGUAUCGCUUCCGGGUCGUCGCCAUGAACACUUAUGGCGAGAGUCCCCACAGUUCCUCUUCCAGGCCGUACCACGUGCCGCUGGUGAGCACCCCUAUCUCCAACCGCCCUGUGACUGGACCGCACAUCAUCUCCACGGAGGCCAUCACCGACACGCAGAUCAGGGUGCGCUGGAUGUACACCCCCUCUAGCAACAACAACACUCCUAUCCAAGGCUUCUACAUCUACUACCGGCCUACAGACAGUGACAAUGACAGCGACUAUAAGAGAGACGUAGUAGAAGGCAUCAAGCGCUGGCACAUGAUUGGCCAGCUCCAGCCGGAGACGUCUUAUGACAUCAAGAUGCAGUGCUUCAACGACGCGGGAAAGAGCGACUACAGUAACGUGAUGAUCUGUGAAACAAGAGCGCGCCAGUCUGCCGGAAGACCCAGCCAGCAACCUGUUACCCCGCCGGACGUGUACGUGCCUGAGCCGCCCAGCUCAGCCGGCGGCUUGCUCUACCUGAUCGUGGGCUGCGUGCUGGGUGCCAUGGUCCUCAUCCUCCUCAUCUUCAUCGUCAUGUGCCUGUGGAGGAACCGGCAGCAGCAGAGCAUGCACAAGUAUGACCCUCCUGGCUACCUUUACCAGCCUGCUGAGAUGAACGGCCAUGUGUUGGAGUGCCCCAACCUGGUGGGCUCCAGCCGGGUGGGCCCUGCCGGGCGUGCCGGCUACGCCCACAGCACCUCCAUUGUUGCCCAGGGUUGCCACCACCUCCACCACAAGCUCCCCAACGGUCUGGCACUUCUAAAUGGCUCGGCCCCGCUGUAUGCACCUGGGCACGGCCACGGCCACGCCCACGAUGCCCCGUUGUACGUACCUGGGCACGGCCACGCCCACGACGGCCCGCUGUACGCACCUGGGCACGGCCACGCCCACGACGGCCCGCUGUACGCACCUGGGCACGGCCACGCCCACGACGGCCCGCUGUACGCACCUGGGCACGGCCACGCCCACGACACCCCGCUGCCCCAUGGCACCAUGGACUGCGAGCACUCGCACCCGCAGCACAUGCACAAUGGGGGGAUCGUGUACACUGCCCUGCCCCAGACAGACUCCUCUGAUUGCAUGAACUGCCAGAACUUCUGUAAUAACAACAGGUGCUACCCCAAACCCAACGGCACGCUCUCAAGGCUGCACGCACUGGCACAGUGCCAGCCAGAUGUUCUCGAGCUCCUCCCCCUCAACGUCAGCACGACCGGGCGCCAUGGCAACGGUAUCCUACAGCCCCGAACCAGCAGCGGGCAGGUGACACCUGCGGAGGAGGACUCAACUUCAACGCCUUCCCAGAAUUCCUCCAGUGUGCCUGAAGAGACGACGCCAGAGAAUGGGGAAGGGUCAGAAGAGUCCGUUCAGUGUGUAGAGUCGAACGGUCCAGUGGUGUGUUGGGAGAGGCUCCGUCUGCCUGAUUCAGACUGUAAAGAGAAAAUAGUCUGGAUAUCUACUGCAAGUCUGACAGGAGACUUCAUACAGCCAACAGCACAGGAGAUCUGAACACACACACACACACACACACACAUACACACACACACACUCUCACAUCGCUGCAGCGCAAACCCGCAUUUUCACACACAGACAAGGACUAGGGGCUGAGGCAGGAAUGUUCAGGAAAGACAGAGGACAGAACUGUCAACACAGAGCAGAGCUGUCCAAAGGCGGCGCGAGCAGAGACUCUGAGUGACCCGUUGGACGCUGUUGGACAGGAGGAGGACGCAGGAGGAAAGCAACGCAAAAAAGGAGAAAGCAUAAGGGAAGAGUGCCAGGACACAAGCGGCUAGAUUUCGGACAUGCUGAAUCCUCUCCGUCUGUGGGAAGGGCUCUUAAAAAAAAAAAAAACUCUUUAGAUGACUAUUUAUUUUUUGUAGUAGUAAAAUAUUAUUUCAUAUGAAUGUAUCUGUUUUAAGAAAAAAGUUCAUCUUUUAUAUUAUUUAUGCUUUUUGGAUGAGAUACCUUUUUUUUUUUUUUUUUUGUCCUUUUUUUUUGGUGUCAUAUUUUGGUUUCCUGUGCUCCACCCAGAGUGGAGUCUAGCCGUUGUACGUGUAAAGCUGUGUAAGAAUAUAAAGAGAAGCUAGAGGAAGAGUCUGACCUC